AUGCCUUCUUUCUCUCCCGCGCCCACCGCGCCGUCCGCAACCUCUAGUCUCGUGCACCCAAGCAACUAUACUGGCCAGGACCGCACACCAACCGAGUCGCCGACGAGCAGUCUCUCACACCAAUCAGGUCCUCCCACCCAGCCUUCACGCUUCUCGGAUGACUCGGGUCUGGAGCAGGAGCGAACGAGCUUUCGUGUCAAAGCGCGAUGUCUUAAGAAGUCACAAAGUAGCAGGUUCACUCGCACUGCUGAGUUCUCCGGUAGCAGCCAGGAUGAGAGGACUCCCGCACUACCGACGGCAACCACAGACAGAAGCACUGCCAGCGAUAAAACCGCAGAGGAUUCAUAUAAAGAUGCUACCGAGCAGAGCGGCUCGGAUGCUGAGGGCUCUUGCUGCUCAUUCGCAAGGAAAGCCUGGCGACGAGCUCGCGACACGGCCAGUCGUUUAAGCAAGGCCUCAUGUCGGUGGGCCUUUAAGCCUAGAAAGCAGCGGCACCCACUCAAACCUGUCGCGCAGCAAACUACGAACGCUGCUCCGGUCCAGGAUGAGCCCUCAACUGCCUCAGCUCCGUCUGAAGAGACAGCUGCCGAUCCCGCUCUAGCUCCUACCUCUGGCUCAGCACCUUCUACGACCGACGUCCAGACUGUCCUAGCUCUUGCCGAUACUAGUCCGCCGUCGCUUCAUGAGCCAUCCUUGGUUGAUGCCUCAUUGAGCCCUCUAUAUUCUUCUGAUGAAUGGGUAGAUCCGCGUCCUUCGUCUACGGUCGCCGCUGUCGGCGAGAAAGAAUCGAUUACUCGUCGAGCGACGGCUACCUAUUCUCCGCCUUGUACACCCUCAGAAGUGAAGGCGAUGGAAAAAGAGACGAGGUCAAGGCAUGACAGUGUUGUCGCGUCCACCGCCCCCUCUGAGGAUAUGCCCAUCAGUUGGCAUGACCGCCCUCACCAGGAAGAUACUAUCGGUGCCCGAAUCGACCAUAUCAAGGCCUUAACCACCCUGAGAGAGCAGAUCUGCACCGUCGGCAGCAGCUACCUCAAUGCUCGCAAGGAGCUUGACCUCAUACGCCCCAUCUGGUCAGCAGCUACCACCCUCAUCAUGGACGCAGCGUCAAACGGUACCGAACUGAAGACAUGGAAUCUUGCCCAGGCUUACAAGCUCAAGAGCGACAUGGAAUACUACAUCAGUCGUUACCGCAUGUGGGAGGAGUAUGUCCUGCAGCUGCCGAGGGGCGAUGCCUGCCCAAUGGAUUCCAAGUUCUGGAGGGACUUCGAGCUUGGCUUGGAGGACACGGCUAACGUGGAUUUGGAAGCACUUGGGGAAGAGGUGGAGCUUUUUCAAGACUGCCUGCUGAUCAUUACGAAGGGUCAGAAUCGGGUUUCCGUCACCAGCCCAACGUGGGAAGUUGCAGCUCUAGCUGACCCCGAUUUUGAAGCUGAAUUCAGGGCACUGCAAUCGCAGCAAGCCUCAGCACCAGUCAGUCUGCCGCAGAAACCGAAAGCGCUCGGAGGUCCUGUGCGCAGCCUCAGGGGCCUCGAUGGCUUCUAUCCCGCACCGGCCCCGUCGCCACCUCCUUCCAUUCCUCUUCCCCCUGACCCUCCAGCAAAUGAGGGUCCAUCAUUCCACCGCAAGCGGCAUACCCAGAGGAGGACUCCUAUAUUUCAGGAGUGGAGGGUUGACCGACCGAUUUCUUCGACCACUACGGAGAUCCAGAGCCAAAACCGGGUGAGACUGGGGAGGCAAUAUUCUCAUUCAAGCGGGUCCAAGGCACAGCAGCCGCAGGAGCCGCGUAGCCAGGCAGAUGCUGCUAUUCCUGAAGAGCGGCUCACCUACUCUGAUCGGCGAAGACAUAACCGCCGCUCUGCUUCUGGGAUCCCUCAGCCCUCUGGCUCCUCUGAGCGACGAUACCUCGUCCAGACCACUGCCGCCUCCAGUACUCCUUCGAUGCGUAGAAGCCAGCGCGGCUCAGUAGGCCAGAAAUUGUGCCUGGCAUCGGGAAUCGGGAAAGCUACCACUCAGUCAGCGCGGUCGUCGCUCGGGAGCACAUUCCAGCCCCAGCCAGCGGCUCGCCCUUCACAGGUCCCUGCUCCUCAGCCACAACCUGUAAGCUCAGUAGGGACUCGCAACCAACCCCAGACAACAGGCAUGCAGAUACCUCGUCAGGUAUUCAACUCCUCCAGUGCACCGCGGCCAGCCAGCACUAGCUCCUUUCUGCCUCGCCACUGCAACAGAAAUUCCAGGAGUCUGCCGAACCGUACCAGCUUCGUCGCCGAUGUGCAGACUCAGCAUGACCCUGAACUUCAAGCGGAGUCUCUAACUCCAUCGGGUGAUGCUCCCGUGCAAGUCGAGCUCCACUCCUUCGUCAGUGACUCGUCCGUUACGGCUGCUACUACUGCUUUAUCCAGCGAGCUCACAGCGGAGACACAUAGACAGCCUCGAGAAGAAGUAGAUGGCGAAGCUUUCAUGGAAGCUGCUAGCGAUGUCCCGGUAGAUGCCGCCGUCAGCGAGUUCUCCUACGAUGCAGAGUACUAUGCCAUAAAGCGAGAGGGGAAGAAGCAGGCUCAGUGA